UUCAUAAGGGUGGUAUCCGGGUAACUCUUUUUUUUCCCCAUUUUCAGGAGACGUUUAUUCUUAAAAAGAAGUUUAGUCUUUUAUUCCAGAGUGAAUGAGAAAGGAAACUCUUGUGUGUGAGCCCAGAGUCCUCAUUAGCACACUACAGUUGUCUCACAGGUCUUGUGAUGGAACAGGCAGAGCCUGAAAACGAUGCUCAAGAUGCUCCUCCCCUUCUUUCCUUCUCUACAAGUUAUCAUGCUGAUAGUUUAAUAGAAAAUCUUUGCAGCUUUUUCAAAUGGCUGUUCGUUUGUUUGAGGGUAAAGAACAUGCAUCUUCAUAUUGGAAGUACAGGAUAUCUCCUUCCGAGGAGCUCAUCAGCAAGAUAAUGCAGUUUCUUAUGAGCAAUUGUCUCGAUGGUCGAUUCACGUUGAAGAUGACGCACAGACUGUUUGAAGGGAAACAGCAUGCCUCCCUUUAUCAAAUGUAUCGUUUUGAUCCACCUGAUGAGAUAAAGGAGAUCAUUGUUCAAUAUCUGGACAGAAAGAAAGGACAACCCCAUGAGCUAGCUGUGGAUUUGGGAUGUGGAACAGGACAGAACUCUCGUCUGUGGGCACCACAUUUCCAGCAGGUGGUGGGCAUGGACAUCAGUGAGUCUCAGCUGAAGGAGGCAAGAGCCGUGCCGGGCUUUGCUAACCUUACCUACAGAGUGGGCACAGCAGAAGAAUUGCCAUUUCCGGAUGGCUCAGUAGACCUGCUGACGGCUGCAUCUGCAGCUCAUUGGUUUGACCCCGAGCGUUUUUUAAAGGAGGCCACGCGUGUCCUGAAGCCUCGUGGCUGCUUGGCUCUCUUUGGCUAUGGAGACAACUUUAAAUUCUACUAUGAUUCCUGUGGUGAUCGACUUAAUAACAUAUAUGAGGAUGUAAAAGAAGUACUGACACCCUUCACAAGCAAUAGGGUAGCUAUGGCCAACAAUAAGCUACACGAUUUAUAUGAAGCCAUACCCUUCCCAGAUAAAGAGAGGAUUGAAGUAAUUCCAGUAAAAAUACAAAAGACUAUCAAGGACACAGUUGGGCUUUUUGAGACAUUCUCUAUGUAUCAAGCCUAUCUGAGAGCACAGCCCAGUGCUGCAGUCGCUCUGUUAGAGACGGCAACAUCACGUUUUCUAAAGGAGAUGAAUGUGUCAUCAACAGAGGCCAAGCUUGAGUUAUGCAUGGACUACUUCUGUGUACUGGCGUGUAAACCUCACUGACACGUGAUACUACUAAAACACAUGACCCACCUUUACUCAGACCUCCAGUACUCCAGUCACCUUUGGUCCUUAGCUAAUUAUUUUUUUAUGAGAAGAUUUAUGUUAGUUUUUUUAAGAAGUUGUUAAAUCCGUACACUUUUUAUAAAUAAUUUACAGUUUUUUACGAUUGCUUACACACAAAAUCUUUUCAUGUCACACGAUUUUUGAAACCUCUCACUCAAAGUGCAAAACUACAUGCCAAAUCUUCAAAAAGCAUAAGCUAUUUCUCAGCCUUUGACUCAGUUUUCAAUUGCAUAAAACACUUUUUUCAAAACACUACACACAAUUGUCUACCUAAAACACAAAGAUCUAUGAGGAAGUGACUUGCUUUCCUUUUCCAAACACAACCAAUCAAAAUGCUACACUUAUUCACCAGGUCACACAGACACACUCCUCACAUGUGCAAACACUAAUUGCUUUACUGAUCACUUAAAAAUCACUGCUUUACUUUACAGUAGUAUAGAUAGGCCUAUAAAUAGGUCAAAGGUCAGAUUACCUGUUUUGGCAAUCUGCACCCCACCCCCCCUGCCAAUUCCUGGACCGGGACCCCACACACAAUUUAUUGUAUUCUACUGUAAAGAAUAUACUUUUGGUUUACAUGUUUAUAGUUUUGUUGUAUGCUAAUGUAUACAACAGUAAUGUUUGGACUAAUAAAUAUUUUCUGUUUCUACAUUGCAUUGGUGUUUCCGGUGUACUUGUUACCCCUCUCAGCAGAUUACUUUCACUGUAGAACAUUGUAUUGAAAUGUAGAUAAAAGCCCAUGAAAGACCAAAGAGCUUUAGAUUUUGAACAGCAGUGUUUAGAUGGUAUAUCCAAAAAUGAAUAAUUAUGAAGGAAGUGUUUGCCAUUUGAUGCAAAUGCUUGAUUCUGACGUGUGUUUGUGGCAUUUUGAAUGCAGUGUUGCAUUUUGAAGGAGAUGUGAGCUAUUUUGCAUUUUGUGUGUGCAGUUUUGAGAAUUGUGUGUAGAGUUUUGAAAAAAGGAGACUUAGUUUUGAAAACGUGUGUAAGCAAUUGGUAAAAACUGUAAUAGUGAAAAAAGUAUAAAUCAGUGCAUUAUUACAUUGCUUAAAGGGACAGUUCACCCAAAAAUAAAAAUGCUGUCAUCAUUUAUGUUGUUCUAAAGCUGAUUGAUUUUCUUUAUUCUGUUGAUGAACACAAAAGAAGAUAUUUAAAAAAAAUGAUGUACACUGUUGACGGUACCAACUGACUCCCAUUUGUUUUUUAUACCAUGAAAGACGAUGAGUACCGUCAACUAUGUGCUAAAAUAUCUUUUUUUGUGUUAAACAGAAUAAAGAAACUCAUACAGGAUUAGAACAACAUGAGGGUGAAGAAGUU